UCUCUUUCUCUCUCUACUGUCAGCCUCAGCAGUCUCCACACCACAGCUAGACACUGGUGCAGCGUCGCUCCAUACAUACAUACAUGCAUGUGUGUGUAUGUGUGUGUGUGUGUGUGUGUGUGUGAACGGUCACUAUUUAAGUGUGUGUAUGUGUGCGAGCUGAUCUGGAAGAGAAUGUGUGUGAGCCUUUCUGGAGCAUCUUUUGUAUGGAGGAGCAUGUGUGUAGAGUGAGAGACAGCGUGAGGAUGCGUGGUGGGCAGGCGUUGUGAUCGGUGGAGUUUUCAGUGUACUAUCAUCGUGCUGUCUGCCUCCCCCUCCCUCCCAUUUGUUUAUCGUUCUGGGCAAAAAGCAUCCUGCUGGGAUGUCCACCUCGCCUGGUGCAACAGACGGGAGCCAAAGGAACUCUUUGGAGCAAGACACGGAGCACGCACAGAGAGUCCCUGGAGCAGACCAAGGAGGGGCCAUAGCCCCCCAGGUCAAGCUGAAAGAGAGACAGAAGUUCUUUGAGGAGGCCUUUCAGCAAGACAUGGAGCAGUACCUGUCCACUGGCUACUUGCAGAUUGCUGAGAGGAGAGAGCCAAUAGGAAGCAUGUCAUCCAUGGAGGUGAACGUGGACAUGCUGGAGCAGAUGGAUCUGAUGGACAUGUCUGACCAUGAAGCCCUGGAUGUGUUUCUGCACUCUGGGGGAGAGGACAACAGUACUGCCUCACCUGUCGCAGGUCCAGAUGUUGAGUCCUUCACCACAGAGAUCAGCCUCCAGGUUCCCACCCAGGCUGAGCUACGCCACAAGCUUUCUUCCCUUUCAUCCACCUGCACCGACUCGGCCAGCCAGGACACAGAGGCCGGGGAGGAGGAUGAGGACGAGGACGAGGACGACGAGGAGACUGAGCAAGGAGAAGGUGGAGGUGUUGGAGGAAGCAGGAGAAGGGCCCCCGUGGUGGUGACCCUGGACGAAGAGGAGGUACACCCAGAUACAGCAUUGGUGGACGGGGUGGACCAAGAGGACCAGACCAGCAAAGACAGUGAGGCGAGCAGGCCGAAGGUUUGAGGACACAUGGACUGAAUUUAAACACACACACACACACACACACACACACAGCUGUAAAAUCAAACUUAGAUUAUUAACAAUAUUGGCUUCCAUCUCAAUUUUUCAUACUGAAGAAAAACAUGUGAAAGAAACGACACUGAGGUUGCACUAACUGCCACAUGACCUUGCCUUAAAACCACUGAUGUGAGUAUUCAAUUCUAAUUGAAUUCUAUAAAAUAGGUUAGAGUUCAUUUUAGCAUCAGAGCAGUGAAUGGCUUAACGUGCACAUAAAUAGUUUGACAUUACUCAGAGGAAGCUCUAAUAUUCUGUUUUUGUGUUUGUGCAUGUUGAGACCAGGAGAGGCCUGUUACUAAUAAGUGAUGGGGAAGUACCAGUAUAUACUAAAAUAAUCCAUGUGUCCAUAUUGCGGUUCUUUGUUUUCAUGUUUUCAUGCUAACACUUACAUAUUCAAUAAACUGCAGCUGUUGAGAAUUAAUACAGUAUAUUUGUUGGAGACUGGUGAAACUUUUGCAGAAUAUGAAUAUAUGAUGGUGUUUCGUACCAAAUACUUGCCAAACAUAAAAGGCUAUCUCCAGCUCUGUCAGGUUUAAGACAUUUUCAUUUUAAAACUAUACUUUCAUUUAUACACAAAAAAAGGAACCAAAAAAAGUGAGGCAAGCUCUCACCUUUGACAUUUCUUUUGAGACAAUUAUGCAGUUGAGAUGUGAGUAUAGGAUUUAUUCUGUUAAUAACAUGUAAAGUUCCCGGGAGAGAAGAGCAGGAAAAACAUGGCACAAUGUCGUGUUGUUGUGGCCAGGCCAUAUAAGUAAAAUAAGUUUUUAAAGAGAAAGAAGUAAGUCUUCUUUGAACUGCAUGUUGUCACCCCCAUUCCCUCUUGUUGUAUCUAGCCAUGCAGAUAGUGUAAUUUGCCCAAGUUCUGACAUAUUCGUCGUCAGAAAUUUCUGCUGCUGAAUAUCGUUUUCAAUGCUUAAAGCAUUUAAAAGGACUUUUUGUUUAACAGCAACUUGUCUUACCAGAAAACAAUAUCCUGGUUAUGCUGAAUAAUUAACAGACCUCUCUGUCACAGGAACUAUUUCUCUGAUAUCUCAAAACCUGGGCUAAGAAAGCCUAGCAUGACUAGAUUGUUUUUUCAUAAUUUGGGUGCAGUGACCCUUUAAUAUAGCAAAUGUUAAAUAAUUAGCACAGAGCGCUUGAUAAAAGAUCUGCAGGGCUCACACAGAUGCAUUUUUAAUGACUUUAUGGAUAAGCUAAACCCCCAAAGCUUGUUUUAUUUCUUUAACUGGUUGAUGAGCUAGAUGCUGCAAACUACCAAUUUGAAAAUACUUAUUUUGCCAGUGGCUUUAAUAAACAUGGCAUAAUAAGUCACCUGGCAGUGUUAUAGUGCUGUAUAGCUGAGAGACGUUCAGGUACCAUAAAAUCAAUGAUUUAACACACAAACACACACAAACACACACACACACAUAUAUAAGCAGAGAGUUACCCAUUGCCAUUCCUUUGACCAAUAAUAUUUGGGCGAACUUCUCCUUUUGAACGAGGACCAAAUCCCUGUUUGGACUGCGUGCUAUGCACUGGACAACACCCAGAAGGUUAAACUUUAUCCAGAUCUUUUUUGUAUAUUUGUGUGAUGUGACAGCAUUACUCCUUCUUUACUUUCUUACUUUUCCCCUGCCUACAGUUUCUGACUUGUUGGUAAUAAAUGUUUCUCCCCCAG